UAUUACUACUAUAUAAUAUUCCUAUUAUAAAGUUUCAACGUUAUUUGUUGAUCUCCGUAUAUAGCUGUUUGUUUCCGCACCAAACAACCCCUUAGAUCCUUGACUUGCACAACGUCUUUUUUACCAUCUUCCCUGGGCGCGAUCCGCGCAAUUCUCAAAUUCUUCAUUCAGAUUUGCUUAAUCUCAGCAGCAGAGUUGUUGAAUUAAGAAGAAUUGUUGACAGAUUGAUUGUCCAAAUUCGAGUGAUUCUGAGUAUUUCACCAUCUUUAUCUUGGGUUAGAAAAAACAGCAUCUUGAACUGUGAGCUAUGGACUCAACCCUGGAAAAUGGAGCUUAUUCCCCCAAAAAUGUUUUCAUUCUAUCGGGCCAGAGUAACAUGGCUGGUCGUGGUGGAGUAGAAAAGCAUCAUUGGGAUGGCAUUGUACCAAUUGAGUGCUCUCCCGAUGCUUCUAGAAUUUUCCGUCUUAGUGCACACCUCCACUAUGAGGUGGCACGCGAGCCACUCCACCGUGAUAUUGACACCAAGAAGACCUGUGGUGUUGGACCUGGAAUGUCCUUUGCAAAUGCUGUCAAGGACCGAGUGGGAGCUUUAGGGUUAGUGCCAUGUGCUGUAGGAGGAACUGCGAUAAAGGAGUGGGCACGCGGAGAACACUUGUAUGAGAAUAUGGUCAAGAGGGCUAGGGCUGCCAUGCAUCGUGGUGGAGAAAUCAAGGCCUUGCUUUGGUAUCAAGGAGAGAGUGAUGCAGUAUCUCAGCAUUGCGCUGAGACCUAUAAGGCUAAUAUGGAGAAGUUAAUACAUAACGUUCGUGCUGAUUUGCAUCUGCCAUCUCUGCCAAUUAUUCAGGUUGCCAUUGCAUCGGGAGAUGAGAGGUGUAUUGAAAAGAUUCGAGAAGCACAAAAGGCGAUUGAUCUUCCAAAUGUUGUAUGUGUUGAUGCCAUGGGUUUGCAGCUCGAGGGAGAUAAUCUUCAUUUAACCACAGAGGCGCAAGUUAAAUUAGGUCAAAUGUUGGCUGAUGCAUACCUUACCCAUUUUGCACCACAAUAACCUCGUGUUGCUUCAUCUUGAGAAAUUUGUUGUACUAUGUGUGUGUAAACUAAAAACUAUUUAAUCCCGGCUCAUGAACAUUACGAGAGUGCUCAUAUAACAGAAUGAAGGGCUCGUUUGUUAUGAGGGAUAAGGGAUAAGGAAUAACUUAUCCCGGGAUUAAUUUUUAAGAUGGGAGAAUAUUGCAAGAUAACUUAUCCCAAAAUUGUAAUGUUAUUUUUGUCCCACAUUAAGCAUUGGAUGACGAUCCCGGGAUCACUUGUUUCCCAACCAAACAA